AUGGGAUAUAGAAAUGUUAAGGAGUUGUGGUAUUCCCUGGGUGGUCCUGUAUUAGAAGAAAGGUUGGAGUUGUUAAGUGAUGAUAAGGGAGCAAUGCAUGUGGUGAACAUUGCGUUAUUGAAGGGGUCAGCUCAUUUGUUUGUGGUUCACAGGGUGUCGGAUCCUGAUUAUAUUCUUGAGUUGGAAAAUGAUGUUGGUAAGCAUGGUGAAGAAAUAGGUAAAGAUAGAGAAGUGAGUGAAAAAGAAGGUGUUGAGGUAGAAGAAGCUGAUGUUGGUAGUGGUGUAGGGGAAGAAGUUGAAGAUGGUAAAGGUGAUGGUGGUGAAGAAGUUGAAGAUGGUAAAGGUGAUGGUGGUGAAGAAGUUGAAGAUGGUAAAGGUGAUGGUGGUGAAGAAGUUGAAGUUGGUGGUGAAGAAACUGAAGUUGGUUGUGGGGUAGGGGAAGAUGUAGUUGUUGGUGAACAAAUUGUCGAGGAGGAUGGUGGAGAAGAUGGUAAAGNUGAUGAUGGUGAAGAAGUUGAAGUUGGUGGUGAAGAAGCUGAUGAUGNUAGUGAAGAUGUUGAAGAUGUAGUUGGUGGUGAUGAUGAUAGUGAAGAUGAUUUGGUGGAUGUUUUUGUGAAUGCAGAUGAAGAAGUCGAAGAGGAGGAUGUUGAUAGUGAAGAUGAGAUGGUGAUUGGUGGUACAGGAAGUGGAAGGCUCCAAGUAUUUGAGAUCAGGCAUACCUCAAAUAUUUCAGAAAAGUAUGUGGUUGAUGUAGACAAAAGAGAUUGUAGCUGCAGGAAGUGGCUUCUCACAGGGAUAGCUUGCUGCCAUGCACUCACAGCUAUGAGGUUUUUAAACCUCACUCCAGAAGACUUCAUACCAAAUUGGUUUAGGACCACCACUUAUGAAGAAACUUAUAAUCCAAUAAUCUUCCCUGUCAAUGGACCUGACCUAUGGCAAAGAACAGCCUAUCCAGAUAUUUUGCCUCCUCCUAAUAGGAUCUUGCCAGGUAGACCAAGAAAAAAAAGAAGACUCGAAAGUUGGGAGCAAAUGAGGGAUGACACUCAACUUGGACAAGCUGGAAUCCCAAAGAGAUGUGGCAUUUGUAGGCAAUUAGGACAUAGAAGAACUAAUUGCCCUCAAGCAAGUCAACAUCAACCCGAUCAAGGAACUCAAGGAACUCAAGGAAGUGAACAAGACCAACAACCUGCACAAGAUGCCACUCAAGGAACUCAACAAGAAGACCACCAACCUACCCCACCUGCCACUCAAGGAAGUCAAAUUACUCAUGAUGACACUUCAAGACCAGUUUAG